UGCCCAAGUGACGCAACAGUAAAAUAUCAUUCAUCGCCUUCUUCUCGUGCUCAGCGGUUCAGCGUGGAAGCCUUUAAGUUCAUUGCUGCUCAUCCCUUUGUUUUCGUCCACUGCCAAGUGAAUGUAUGCAAUGCAACCAACCCAGGCUCCAAAUGCUCGAUGAAAUGUCCUUCAAGUGGCCGAGGGAAACGUGAACUGAGUGAUAACGUGACUUACGACGUGUACUCUUUAGUGCAGGGACCCCUGCACCUGACGCACGAGAAAAGAAAGGAGAACCGCGGGAGAAUUCUGGAUAAGACUGGUACGUAG